AUGGAUGAUGUCCAACAGGAGGAGGAUGUCCAACAGGAGGAGGAUGUCCAACAGGAAAAUGAUAUCCAACAGGAAGCUGAUGUCCGGCAGCAGGGGGAUGUCUGGAAGAGGAAGGAUGUCCGGAAGAAGAAGGAUGUCCGGAAAGAGAACUAUCUUCAAAAGAAGGAAGAUAACCUGAAAACGAAGAACGUCCGGCAAGAGGACGAUCUUCGAAAGAAGAAAGAUGUCCGGAAAACGAAGAACGUCUUGCAAGAGGAAGAUCUUCGAAAGAAGGACGAUGUCUGGAAGUCGAAGGUCGUCCGGAAGAAGGUUGAAAUUCGACAGAAGUACGAUUUCCGGCAGGAGGAUAAAGUCCUAAGGAAAGAUCAAGUACAUGUGAAUUAG